CAGGAGGCGCUGAGGGAAGAAGGGCUGCUCUCCCCUGGAGCCUCUCCUGGCAAGGGCCCUGCCAGUUUCUGCCCAAGGUCUGUAAUAUAUGCUCUGAAGCCUACAAUGGGAGCCUCCAUGGAGCUUGUCUUCCUUUCAUUAGCUAUCAUCUCUUGUACAGUAUGGUGGUCAACAGAGAGCACUGUGAGGAAUUACGGGCCAGUAUUUGAAGAACAACCACGCAACAUCCUCUUUCCAGAAGAAUCAACAGAGCAAAUAUUGUUGACAUGUCAAGCACGAGCCAGCCCUCCUGCAACCUACAGAUGGAAACUGAAUGGCACAGAGAUCAAAAUCGAGCCAGAUUCCCGUUACAGGUUGAAUGGGGGCAACCUGGUGAUAAGGAACCCAGUGAAAGCCAAAGAUGCUGGAUCCUACCAGUGUGUGGCAUCCAACACUGUGGGCACAGUAGUCAGCAGAGAAGCUUCUGUUCGCUUUGGCUUUUUGCAGGAAUUCUCUACAGAAGAAAGAGAUCCAGUGAAGGGUACGGAGGGAUGGGGAGUGAUGUUUACUUGCAGCCCACCGCCACAUUAUCCUGGAAUUGAAUACCGCUGGUUUGUGAAUGAGUUCCCCAACUUCAUUCCAACAGAUGGAAGGCGCUUCAUCUCACAGACAACUGGAAACCUUUACAUUGCUAAAGCAGAGGCCUCAGACCUUGGCAACUACUCCUGCUUAGCCACUGGCCACAUUAACUCCUUUACAAAGAGUGUUUUUAGCACAUCUUCUCAGCUCAAUCUUAUCAGAGAAGAUUCUAGACCAUAUGCCCCAACCAUUAAAGCCAAGUUUCCUUCUGACACUUAUGCUCUGGCUGGGCAGGUGGUGGCUUUGGAGUGUUUUGCCUUUGGGAACCCUGUCCCUCAAAUAAAAUGGAGGAAGUUGGAUGGUAGCCAGUCCUUCAAAUGGAUCACAACUGAGCCCCUCCUGCGAUUUAAAGAGGUUGGUUUUGAAGAUGAGGGCACUUAUGAGUGUGAAGCUGAGAACAUCCAAGGAAAAGACACCUAUCGGGGUCGCAUCAUAAUCCAAGCUCAGCCAGAGUGGCUGAAGGUCAUUUCAGACAAGGAAGCUGACAUUGGAGCAGACCUCCAUUGGAACUGUGCUGCAGCUGGCAAACCCAGACCUACCAUAAGAUGGCUACGGAAUGGACGAUCAUUAACUUCCCAGAAUCGCAUUGAAGUGAAUGGUGGGGAUUUGAAGAUUUUCAAGUUAACAAUGGACGACUCUGGGAUGUAUCAGUGUGUAGGAGAGAACAAACAUGGCAACAUUUAUGCAAGUGCUGAAUUGUAUGUGCAAGCCUUUGCUCCUGAUUUUCGGCUAAACCCUGUGAGGCCAUUGAUACCAGCAGCUCGAGGUGGUGAAAUCAUCAUCCAUUGCCAACCAAAAGCUGCCCCAAAGGCUAGUAUAAUCUGGACCAAAGGGACUGAACUUCUAAGUAAUAGUUCCAGAGUCACUAUUACUCCAAGUGGUACCUUGAUCAUUCGGAAUAUUAGCAAGUCAGAUGAGGGGAAAUAUACCUGCUUUGCUGAGAAUUUUAUGGGCAAAGCAAACAGCACAGGAACCUUGUCAGUUCGAGAUGCCACUAAAAUCACUCUUGCACCAUCCAGUGCUGAUAUUAACGUGGGUGAGAACAUUACCCUGAAGUGCCAUGCAUCUCAUGACCCAACAAUGGAUCUCACCUUUACUUGGUGCUUGGAUGACUCACUCAUUGAUUUUAGCAAGUCUGAAGGCCACUACAAGCGAGCUAGUACAAAAGAGAAUAUUGGAGACCUUAUGGUCUUGAAUGCUCAACUCAAACAUGCUGGGAGAUAUACUUGCACAGCCCAGACAGUGGUGGACAGUGCUUCGGAAUCAGCUGUCCUAGUUGUAAGAGGACCACCAGGACCUCCUGGGGGGCUGGUAGUCACAAACAUCAAGGACACCACUGUGCAGUUGAGUUGGAGUCGAGGCUUUGAUAAUCACAGCCCAAUAGCCAAAUAUGUCAUCCAGGCCCGCACUCCAAUCUUCUCUAAAUGGAAGCAAGUGCGCACCAAUCCUGCAAAUAUUGAAGGUAAUUCAGAAACAGCCCAAGUAGCCAAUCUUAUUCCAUGGAUGGAUUAUGAAUUUCGGGUCCUGGCCAGCAACAUCCUUGGAGUUGGAGAGCCCAGUAUGUCAUCUGCUAAAAUCCGUACCAAAGAAGCUGCUCCAACUGUUGCACCAUCUGGGCUCAGUGGAGGUGGAGGAGCACCUGGAGAACUGAUCAUCAAUUGGACGCCAAUGCAGCGGGAAUACCAAAAUGGAGAUGGCUUUGGAUAUAAGCUUGCUUUCCGAAAGGAAGGCACUCAGGUCUGGAAGACUGCAACUGUGCUCCAUGCAGAAUCACUACAUUAUGUUUAUCGUAAUGAGAGCAUUGCACCCUAUACACCAUUUGAAGUGAAGAUCAAGGCUUUCAACACUAAAGGAGAAGGACCAGAAAGCCUGGUAUCCAUUGUACACUCUGCAGAAGAAGAACCAAGAGUUGCUCCCUCUAACAUUACAGUCAAUAGUGUUAUGGCUACAGAAAUGGAUAUUACUUGGAAUCCUGUGGAAAACGGUGACAUGAAUGGAGUCCUCCUGGGAUAUGAGAUCCGGUACUGGAAGCAUGGUGACAAAGAAGAAGCGGCUGACAGAGUGAGGACAGCAGACCUUGUCAACUCAGCACAUGUGACAGACCUCCACCCAAACACGAAGUACCAUGUGGCUGUCAGAGCUUACAACCGAGCAGGGACUGGGCCACCUAGUACUCCCACAAGUUUCAUGACAACAAAGCCCCCACCAAAAAGGCCACCUGGCAACAUCUCCUGGACGUUUUCCAGUUCUAGUGUGAGCAUCAAGUGGGAUCCCGUGGUUGCCAAAGCAGAUGAGUCUGCUGUCACUGGGUAUAAGAUGCUGUACCAGCCGGACUCACACUCAGCUCCUAUCCUGUACAUAGCCAACAAUAAUCGGAUUGAGAUUCCAGUUCCAGAAGACUCCACUCCUGCUGUGGUGCAAAUUAGGACAACUGGUCCUGGUGGAGAUGGAGUUCCAGUAGAGGUGCGCAUCCUGAGAAACAGUGCUACAGACAGUUUUUGAACCAGAGAUUCUGAUUUUCAUAGUUCGCGAGGAACAUACGGAGUGGCAGUAUUAACCCAAUCAUCUCCUUUCAAGGCAGCUGACUGAAGCUCACGAAGUCUACGGAGAUUGGCAGCCAUCUCCCAACCCAAACUACAGGAGAAGACAAUGGAACAUUGUGGAUGGGUUGGCAAAAGGGGAAAACCAAUGGCACAUCGGAGAAUCCAAAAAAGAUUUCAGUUGCCUUGUAAUUUGGCUUCUGCUGCCCUGUACGUAUUGCUACUAACCUUAUAUCUGUGCUGUUCCAAUAGAUGCAACACUAAUCGUUUCCCCAUAUCCUCAAAAUGCAUUUACCAAAUCUUGUCUUUACCUUUGGUCUAUUUCCUUCAGAUUCCUCCCACCCCCACUGUUCCUUAGAAUUUUGAAAAGAAAGACAUAACAAGUUCAGGAUCAGGUAAUGAGGACAUUUGGGCAGGCAUCCUGUUUGCAGCAUAUGCUGUAUAACAUCAGUAUAUAUCUUUUGCAGGAUUUUUGUGGAGAAAGAAAUUCAGCACCUCCCCAUGCUGCCUUGAAACUCACCUCUUGUCUUUGCAGCUUCCCCAGAUGCCACCAUUUAGUGGAUGGUGGACAGCACAGGACAGGGGAAGAGCAGCUGAUCAUUUCCUUGUUGGCAGAUACACAGCAGCAGCAUUGUCCAGGGCCACCAGAGAUCCACAGGAAAGUUCUGAAGGAUGCCUUUGUCAUUGUGCAUCCAGCUGUAUUUGGGUGGCCCUGCAAAUAACUGAUGAGUCUUACACAAAAGGAAAGGGAAGAUGGAGUAGAGAAUUUUGCUGUCCCAUCUUCACAUGCAGGUUGUGAGCCUUGAAUAUGGUAUAUGCAAAAAAGUUACUGCAAAAGCCUCGUUGCAUCUACCCAAUAGACAUGCAAUUAUCAUCUAUCCAGUGUUUCAUUGAUAUGACUGCCUCGUUGUGCAGUGAGAUCCCCAAUUGCACAACAGGAAAUGUUGUAUAAUGCCCCAUUGCUCAUUGUCACAAUUCUCUAAGAAAGUUGUGUAUUAUGUCAGCAAUAUUAUUUAGUCACCAUAAUGUUUUGCAUCACAGCUUAUGAUGCAGGAUCUCAGCCAUUUGUGUUUUUGUGCAAAAUGCUCUAUACAAGUCAAUGCUUCUGGGCAAAUUAAUUUAAUCUUGCCUAACAGAGAGGAAAUUACUACUACUAUUACUACUACUACUUCCCCCCCCCCUUUUUUUUUUUGUACUCAUGUGUGAGAAUUAAAUAAGAGAAGAUUUACAUCUCUGUCUGAGGAGGAGCUUUAUCCACCACUGAAAUGCCAUUCCAUCUUUAAGUUAGCUGUCAAGACACGUAUGGCUGCUGAACUGAUUGAUGACUAGAAAUUAGACUUUAUACUUACAGAUCAUUUUCAGAAUUAGGUGCCAGAUCCAUUGAACACCUGAACAUAAGCAUAAGAAUGCUGACAGAUUUAGUUGUACUCCUACUCUAGUUGUUAAUUUUUAUUGCAGAUGUGACUAGAUGCUUGAUCUUCCUCAGUAUGUUUUACAUCUACAGAAUAGUAGAUUAAGGAAGAAAAGAUUUCAUCUUCCAGUACAGUACCUUUUAACCCACCACCCUUUCCCAUAAGGUUAGUCUGGGGAUCCUAUUAUGGCUCUUUAUUACAUCGUCAAGAAAUAGAACCGUUUAUUGCUGUAGCCUGCAAAUGUUAAGUUCCAUGCUCGAUCAAACCAAAGUCCUACCCAGUACAGUAUUCUGUUCCCAUAUUGGCCAGUCACAUGUUUCAAUGGGGAAUCUACAAACAGGCGACAAGGGCCUAAAGCCCAACUAGAGUAGGGAGUGGAGUGGAAAUAGGGACUAGUGCAGGGGUAAAGACAUGAGAGUCUGAAUCCAGUUGCUAGAGGGGGAAUCUGAGAAAUCAACACAGAUCUCCUCUACUGGGACUAACAACUGGAUUUCAACCAAAGGAGAUAGCAUCCUCUCAUUUCCUAACAACUGGUACUGAGAAGCAUACUUCUUCUAAUACUGCAAGUAUUACAUAGUUAUCCUGACUGGUAUCCUUUUUCAUAGUUAUCAUGACUUCUACUAUAUGUUGAUUGGGUCGAUGGGAAGCUAAUUGGAUGGAUGAACUGAAGGUCAUAGUUAUACAACUGUUGGAUCCAGCAUAACUAGGCUUAGAUCAUUGUGUGCGUGCGUGUGCAUACAGUAUCUUCAUAUCACCUGUCAACUUAUGAUGACCCAAUGAAUUUCAUAGAG